AAUAGCAGGGAAAGGAGAUAACUUUGGUCAAGUCAAGUGGAUACAUUUAAACAAUAGAUAGUACAAAAACGGCAAGAUGUAUCCAAAUUCCAAAGUACAAAGUGUGUUAUACAAGAUAAGAAGCUGACACAUAUUCUAAUCCUCCUCCUCCAACUUCACGCCUCUCCGUUGGCGAACACAGCCUAACCCCUUAAGCUGGACCAAACCAAAUCUUGAAAACAAAAGUCUGGAAAAGUGUGUGAAUCGCUUUAUCAUAUUCAUACUCAUUCGAUGUCUAUAAAUUUGAUAGUCAUAGAACUUAUAACAGUAUUCAUUAAGUGGUUCAACAAAUCAGUUCUCAUUAAUUGGAUUUUACGCAUCCUAGUGCACUGUCCAUUGCUUCACUUCUUUUCUUCACCAUAGUACACUUCUUUCUUCAGCCUCCAAUUGUUUGAAGAAAUGCCUGAACGAUGGUUUCACUCAUUUCGACACCACCCCAUUUCUCAAAACCUCCUUUUUUCAACACCCAUUUGAGCUUUUCACCUAUUCCUACUAUAAUGUUCGUUUUAAAUCCCCCCAAAAGACUUCACUACCGCAGAAAAGCUGCGAUUUUAAACCAAGAAAUGGGGUUUCUUCGGGGUUUUAAGCUUAGCAAGGGAAGAGCUGAGGAUAGUGCAUAUUGCUGGUGUAGGAAAGGGUUAGGAAGUGAAGGGGAUAUGGAGCUGGAAGAAGAGAUUUUGGCUUUUAUGGAGAUAUCUGAGAACCCAAAUGCUUUUCCAACAAGGAAAGAAUUGGAAGAAGCUGGAAGAGUGGAUUUGGUGGAGGCUAUAAAGAAUAGAGGAGGGUGGUUUUCUUUUGGUUGGGACUCCGAGGAUGAUGACACUUGCACUAUGAACGUUAAUGAAGUUGUGACUGUGGAAAUGGAUUUUGACAUUGAGGAGUUUCAAAGGAGAGUCAAGAGUUGUCAAGAAAGUGAUUCAUUACAUGGGAAUGAAGCUCAUUUUCCUGGUUCGGGAUCUUCUAGUUCUUCAUUUGGGAAUUCUUCUCAGCCCACCUCGUCCUCUGGUAGAUCAUUAGAUACGGUAGCAGAGGAAGAUAGUGGGAUUGAAGGGAUAUUGAAUCGACUAGAGAAAAAUAGGAACGCGUCUCUUGGUAUUGAUCUGGGAAAACACGGACAUAGUUCUCAUGCUUCAAGUAGGGACAACAUAGAUGACCGAAGCUUUGGAACCACUGAUGCAGACAGGACUGACCUAGGAAAAAAUGGUAGCCUCAAUAAAGGUAGACCCAUGAAUGACAUUCAAAGUGAUUCAGAUGGGGAGCUUAACCAUAGCUUUUCACCAGCCAUGUGGAGAAAAUGGAGCAUACAACAUGCAGGCCAUCAGGAUAUAGAGUUUGAAGCUGGUGAGGUUGCUCUAAGUAAAAGUUGGACUGAAGGUAACAGCGAAGCUGCAGGAGAUGAUCUAGUUAAUAUCAUGGAGAGUAGAACCGAAGCUUUAAGAAGAUGGAAAAAUGACAACCACAAUGACAUAAGCACUCGGCUUCAGCAUUUAGAGCUUGAGCUAUCCUUGACACUCCGCUCAUUGAAAUCCAAGAGCGAGGAGUUAAGUUUGGAGGAGGUUCUUGGAAGCUCCCCAAGUGAUUUGCAAAGGCUUUCUGAUGCAUGGGAAUUUCAGGAGAAUGAAUUCAUGAAUGCGCGGGAGAGAUUGAGAUUGAUACGUGCAAAGCUUGCUGUGCUUGAGGGGAAAAUGACACUUGCGAUAAUUGAUGCGCAGAAGAUAUUAGAAGAGAAGCAGAAGAGGAUUGAUAGUGCUAGUAAAGCUUUGCAGCUUCUUCGUACUGCUCGGAUUGUUUGGACAAACUCCGCCUCAGAGGUUCUUCUAGCAGGUUCUUUUGAUGGAUGGACUACUCAGAGAAAAAUGGAAAAAUCAGGCGGGGGUGUCUUUUCUGCAAGCCUAAAGCUGUAUCCAGGCACGUAUGAGAUCAAGUUCAUUGUUGAUGGCGUAUGGAAGAUCGAUCCUUUGAGGCCCAUUGUUCACAACAACGGACACGAAAACAAUCUUCUCAUUAUUACAUAAGAGCAUGUCUCUGAAAAGUUACUUCGGAAUUUGAAAGAUCAAUUGAUCCUAUGUGGUUAAAGGACUGAUGUAGUUUGCUCUGCUGCACGUUCUACCAAGCGGUGAUGAUCAUUGCUUCUUGACAAUUGUUUGAUCAUUUAGUUUUAGGUUCCAUGUAAACUUUUGUAGUCUUUCCUCCCCAUUCUUUGACCUCUACCUAUUAAAGGUUCGUUUAUGAAAGCAUGUUUCCAAAGAUCUGAGUUAAACUUGAUCAUUUUUUUCUUUAGAAAGAAAGUUGAAAUUCUUUGGUACAA